AUGCUGCUAUCAACAUUGUUUCUACUUAUGCUUGCGAGUUCAGUGCCAGUGCCUGCUGAGACUGCACUGCUGCAGCUGGAGGAGCAGCUGAUACUUAUAAGAAACGCACAGAGUGUGCAAUAUCAGAAGCUAAUGGAUUUGGAUUUUAUGUUUAAUCAGGCGGUCAGCAAGCUUAGCCUGCAACGCGACGAAGCUGAAGAGUUUGCCAAAACUGAGUUUACUAAAAACAAUAAGGUGCUGCAUAGAGUGGAAAAGAAAGUUAAACAAUUGUUGCAAAAUUUCAGCUCGAGUCAAGAUGAAAUGCAGAGGUUGCUGAAACUGUUGAUUGCAAAUGUACAGGAAACAAAGGAGACACAGCCCAGCGUCAUGACACGAUUUGAGGAUGUGUACAUACAGCCUGUCGUAGCGGAUUGCUCUGAAUUGGAUGAACAACAGCGUCUGGAUGGUGUUUACAAGUUGCUGGAACCGGAGCUAAAUGAGGUGCAGCGAGAUUUGAACGAACGUCAUUGUGUGUUUGCCACGUCUGGCACUGCAUGGACGGUUAUACAGCAACGUAACGAGUCGCAUCCAUUGGUUAGUUUUCAACGCAGCUGGGAUGAGUAUCGUGCUGGGUUUGGUAGCUUGAAUGGAAACUUUUGGUUUGGCAAUGAAUUUAUACACAAGAUACUAUAUCGCAAUGAUUAUGUGCUGCGCAUUGAGCUAGAGGAUCAGACGAAGUUGCGAACAUGGGUCGAAUACGAACUCUUUCGAUUAGACAGCGAAAGUUACUACUUUGAACUUUUGAUUGGCAAUAUAAAUAACAAUAGCACUGCUUUGGAUGCACUGACAUAUCACAAUGGUAAGGCUUUUAACAGCUCUAUUGGCUGGUGGACCGAUCAUAAACUGGCAGCUAAAGGCAAAUCCAAUUUAAAUGGUCAGCAACUUAUUUGGGGCAAUAACUAUAACACUUCACUGAUUUCAUCACGUAUGCUAAUCCGGCCGCGCAAGUGCAACAUCCGCGUGAAUGAAAAAGAGUACGACGAGGAUUCGACUUUUGGCUUGUAG